UGGUCGUAUUUAUAUCAACUUUCCCUUUUUUAUGUGAUACUACCUCCUGUAAAAAUGGAAAGGUGGAACAAGCCUACCUUAGUUGUCAAGCAAUUAGUUGGACAACCAGUAAGUAAGGGUCCAUGUCAUGUUUUUAAACCGGAGACUAUUUUCCCCUCAGUCAAGUGAUUUUUGGACUAAAUGCAUAAGGGCUCUUGCAGUUGAGGUCCUUUUAGUGGCUUAAUAAAAAAAUAUUUAAACGUCCGAAAUGUGUUCUGGGGUGGUAGGUUAUGGGGCUAUUACGCGUUGUCUUGCAUCUGUCUUGGGAGUGAUGACUGACAUUCGCUACAGUAGCCAUGUGUGUCAGGUUUUCUGCAACAUGAGAAUGUUCCCUCUGGAUGUCAUUGGGGGGCGGUCCGCACAGCCAUAGCCGAAGAAAACCUUCGUCGAGAACAACUACACAUCUCAGUUACCGCUGCUCUCUGGUUGGGAUCAGAGCAGAGCCGGCUCGGGAGAUACGGAACUGUCCUGCCUGGCUGAUGUUCACGUACACUGAUCUGUAAGCUAAACGCCUGGGUCUUUCACCCCCUUCGAAUACAAGAAAGAGUUGGCGUCCGCUGAUCAUGCUGGAGAACGGCGGCAAGGUGCUGAAAGAGGGACUCCUGGAGAAGAGGAGUGACGGCUUGCUGCAGCUGUGGAAGAAGAAACGCUGCGUGCUGACAGAGGACGGACUCGUGCUACACCCGCCAAAACAGCACGACCACCCGCACUACCACCAUACUCACGACCAUCCGCACCACCACCAUUUCGGCAAAGUCAAAGAGCUGCACUUUGCCAACAUAAAGACGGUGGACUGUGUGGAGAGAAAAGGGAAAUACGUCUACUUCACGGUGGUCAUGACGGAGGGCAAGGAGAUAGAUUUCAGGUGUCCACAGGACGAGGGCUGGAACGCAGAAAUCACUUUGCAGAUGGUGCAGUACAAAAACCGGCAGGCGAUCUUGGCGGUCAAGUCUACGCGGCAGAAACAGCAGCUACUCGUGGCUCAGAUACCAGGAGGACAGAAGAUGAUCAGAAACUCGCCUAACGUUGCCUGAACCACGUAAUCGACAUUGACAUUUGUGGUUAUUCGGACGGUGCGCGGGGCGAAUGGAGUGGUCCGGCCAUUGGGUUCGAGGCAUCCGGGCACCAGCCAAUAAGCUUCGUACUGAGGAAGGAAAAACUGCCUCCUCAGUUCGCAGCUCCCACUCACCUCAACCUCUGACUCUGACUCGACUUUUUCUUUAAGGACUGUUCAGUGGAAGAAGAAAAACUGAGAAGAGAGAGAACAAAAAAAAUGGAGAACAGAUGGUGAAGUGUUUGUCAUGAACGGACAUCGACUGACAAACGAUGUUGCCUGCAGUAUGGUUUUGUUAUUUAUUAUGUGUGUAUAUAUUUUUAUAUCUGACCAUAUAAAUUUAACCUGUUUUUGUGACUGGCGAUGUGUUAUGAGAGUCCUGAAAAAACACUCAAGAAAAUUCCAGAAUAGGUGUGACUGAUUCCAUGCCAUUUCCCUCGAAAGCGAUACAAUUGAUCAGACAUAGCAUGCAAUGGCUCAUUAUAGUGUCAGCUGAUUUUCUCAUCUUUUAAUUAAACCAAAGAUUCACAUUCUGUGAUUUUACAGCAGUUUAGAGAACUUAUCUUUAAAAACAAGGGAUAAAGUGAAAGGAAAUAAUCCAAUCAGUCAGUUAUCCUUUUUGAAAUAUGCUGUUAUUGCAAUCAACAACAUGUUGUUUGAGUAAUUGGUUCUGCUGUCAGUAAACUGUUUAAGAAGCUGGAUAAGGAAAAUCAGACAUCUAGAGUUCAUCUUUACUGAUGUCCUACAAAGGUUCCUUUUACCCCCAGAAUCUUUGGGGUGAUCUUGGACUGUCUGUGACGCAUACGCACAUCCACUUUAACCCAGUGUUUUUAAGACCUGCAGUCGACAUCCGCCUCACUGCUGAUGAUUUGUGACCUCCCUUUGGACUCACUUAAUGUGUUUGUUUGUUUGUUUGUUUUGUCCUUUGAUCUGAGAAUUAUUUUCAUACUACUUAAAAUAUACAUUCCAUUUCCAAUGAA